UACCAGCGCGCGGCCGCGGCCGGGUCACGUGGGACUUAGCCGGGCGGCCGCUGGGGGAGCUGGGCCGAGAUGGCGAAGAGGGCGCUGCCGCUGCGACUGGUGGGCUUGGCGUCGCUCCGGGCUAUCACCACCUCAUCUAUGGACACUUUGCCAAAGCAAGUGAAAAUUGUGGAAGUUGGUCCCCGUGAUGGACUACAGAAUGAAAAGAACAUCGUACCUACUCCAGUGAAAGUCAAACUUAUAGAUAUGCUUUCUGAAGCAGGACUCCCUGUUAUAGAAGCCACCAGCUUUGUGUCUCCCAAGUGGCUUCCCCAGAUGGCCGACCAUGCUGAGGUCUUGAAGGGCAUUCAGAGAUUUCCUGGCAUCAACUACCCCGUCCUGACCCCAAAUCUCAAAGGUUUCAAGGCAGCGGUUGCUGCUGGAGCCAAGGAAGUGUCCAUUUUUGGCGCUGCCUCAGAGCUCUUCACCAAAAAGAACAUCAACUGCUCCAUCGAUGAGAGUUUGCUGAGGUUUGACGAAGUGUUGAAGGCAGCUCAGGCAGCCGGGAUUCCCGUGCGGGGGUAUGUCUCCUGCGUGCUUGGAUGCCCCUAUGAAGGGAAGAUCCCCCCGGCUAAAGUAGCUGAGGUCGCAAAGAAGAUGUACUCGAUGGGCUGCUACGAGAUCUCCUUGGGGGACACCAUCGGCGUGGGCACCCCGGGGGUCAUGAAGGACAUGCUGUCCGCUGUCAUGCAUGAGGUGCCUGUGGCUGCCCUGGCCGUCCACUGCCAUGACACUUAUGGACAGGCCCUGGCCAAUACCCUGAUGGCCCUGCAGAUGGGCGUGAGUGUCGUGGACUCUUCUGUGGCAGGACUUGGAGGUUGUCCCUAUGCACAGGGGGCAUCGGGAAACGUGGCCACGGAGGACCUCGUCUACAUGCUGAUGGGCUUGGGCAUUCACACGGGUGUGAACCUUCAGAAGCUCCUGGAAGCCGGGGCCUUCAUCUGUCAGGCCCUGAACAGAAAAACCAGUUCCAAAGUGGCUCAGGCCACCUGCAAACUCUGAGUUCCCAAAGCCGUGGAACUGUGUGGAAAUAGGGGCAUGAUUGGAUGAUUCAUGGAUGGGAAAUGGAAAUGGAAAUGAAACUAAAAGGAGCAGCACCUCACAGUCAGCUCUGCACAUAGGUCUCUCUUGGCAGAAAGGAGGCAAGGGGCAGGAGCUGCUUGGCCUGAGGCCUUCCCUGCCAGACCUGAGCAAGAGGCUUUGGGGGCUGGAGGUCUUCCUUCACCAUAGACCCUAAGGCUGGGAGUUGAAUGCAUCCUCCUGAGGGCAAUUGGGAGCCCAGCCCUGGUUUGGGCUGAUCCCUAAGUCUCCUCUCUGGGUGAAAUAUAUUCUUCCAGCUAACUGCCUGCUGCAGAGCUGGACCCUGCCCUGUCCUGGAACCAUUGUUCUCUGACUUCUCAGGGCAAAGGGGCAUGGAGGAGUUUACCCCCAAGGUGGCAGAGGGAGAGGGCUGAGCUUUUGUAGUGGCCAACUCCAGAACCAAUGGGAAUUCUUAUGGGUGAUACUCCACUCUGAACAUGAUUUUUUUAAAUAACUUAGGUAAUUAAAGGCUUAAUGGCACAGAAUCAUUCCAGUA